AUGUCUCUUGCUCGCUGCGGGCGUCUUGCUCGCCUCUCUCUUGGGAGUGUUCGACCGGCCGUGGUUGCCUCCCCGCGUGCCCUUGUCGCUAGGUCCGUUCCUCUCGUGCGGGGAGUAUCUUCAUCAGGCCCAGAUUCGCAGCAAAAGCUUCUUUCCUCCUCUCUGAAGCAGUCCGACCCGACUGUCUACAACAUCCUCGAGAGUGAAAAAAACCGCCAGAAGCACUUCAUCAACUUGAUUCCCUCCGAGAACUUCACUUCACAGGCUGUUCUCGAUGCCCUAGGCAGUGUGAUGCAAAACAAGUAUUCCGAGGGUUACCCGGGUGCCCGUUACUACGGUGGAAAUGAGCACAUUGAUGCAUCAGAGCGCUUGUGCCAACAGCGUGCGCUGGAGACUUUCCGUCUCAACCCAGAGGAGUGGGGUGUGAACGUGCAGCCCCUUUCCGGAUCGCCUGCCAACCUCUACGCCUACUCCGCCCUUCUCAACACUCAUGAUCGUCUCAUGGGCUUGGACCUGCCCCACGGCGGUCAUCUGUCCCACGGAUACCAAACCCCCACUAAGAAGAUCUCUGCUAUCUCCAAAUACUUCGAGACCCUGCCCUACCGCCUCGACGAGUCUACUGGUCUGAUCGAUUACGAUGCAUUGGAGAAGCAGGCUCAACUAUACCGCCCCAAGCUCAUCGUGGCUGGUGCCUCUGCUUACAGCCGUCUGGUUGACUACCCUCGCAUGCGCGCCAUUGCCGACUCCGUUGGUGCCUAUCUGCUGACUGAUAUGGCUCACAUCUCCGGUCUUGUUGCCGCCGACGUGAUGCCAUCACCAUUCCCCUACUCCGAUGUGGUUACUACUACCACCCACAAGUCUCUGCGUGGUCCCCGUGGUGCGAUGAUCUUCUACCGCAAGGGCAUCCGCCGUACUGAUAAGAAGGGCAACCCCGAGAUGUACGACUUAGAGAACCCUAUCAAUGCCUCGGUAUUCCCCGGCCACCAGGGUGGCCCCCACAACCACACUAUCACCGCGCUGGCCGUGGCGCUCAAGCAAGCUCAAUCCCCUGAAUUCCAGGAAUACCAGAAGGUUGUUUUGGCCAAUGCGCAGGCGCUAUCCGACCGACUUGGUGAGUCCACCAGCAACGGUGGUCUCGGGUACAACAUCGUUUCCGGUGGUACUGACAACCACCUGGUUUUGGUGGACCUGAAGAACCGUGGCGUGGAUGGUGCUCGUGUUGAGCGCGUUCUGGAGCUCUGCGGCGUGGCCAGCAACAAGAACACUGUGCCUGGUGAUAAGUCUGCUCUCAAGCCCGGUGGUCUGCGUCUGGGUACCCCAGCCAUGACUUCUCGCGGCUUCCAGCCCGAGGACUUCCGCAGAGUUGCAGAUAUUGUUGACCGUGCUGUUAUCCUGACCCAGAAGCUGGACAAGGCUGCUCGUGAGCAGGCCCAGUCGCGUGGAGUCAAGAACCCUGGCACUCUAAAGGCCUACUUUGAGUACCUGGGUGAAGGUGAAGAGGUUUCAGAGAUUGUUCUACUUCGACAGGAGGUUGAGGACUGGGUAGGCACAUUCAGCCUGCCUUGGGCCCAAGAUCAGUAG